AUUUUACUUCCACUUCCGGUAAAACGCACGCUGUGGAAGAAACGUUGUCACACACGUGUUAAAACAAUUUAGAUUUAAUAAUUUCCACAUUAGAUUUAGAUUAUUAUAGUUGUUAAUAUCGAGUUUCUAAGUUUUAAAAGAGAACCAUGGUGGGGUCACGUGUAUACGUUGGCGGGCUACCAUUCGGUGUCAGAGACAGAGACUUGGAGAAAUUCUUCAAAGGUUUCGGUCGCAUUCGAGAUAUUCUAAUCAAAAAUGGCUAUGGCUUCGUGGAAUUUGAAGACUACAGAGACGCAGAUGAUGCAGUAUAUGAACUUAAUGGGAAAGAAUUACUUGGCGAGCGGGUGUCGGUGGAGCGCGCGCGGGGUGUGCCGCGCGGCGCAGACCGCCGCCGGGGCAGAGACGCGCCCGCACCGCGCGCACACGCGCCACACUCCAACGCGCCCCACGCGACGCACAGAGACGCUGACUACAAUUAUAGAUACGGACCGCCAACGCGCACCGAGUAUCGACUUAUCGUAGAAAAUCUGUCUAGCCGCAUUAGCUGGCAGGACUUGAAGGAUUACAUGCGUCAAGCUGGCGAAGUCACAUACGCUGACGCUCAUAAGCAGCAUAGAAAUGAAGGCGUUGUGGAGUUCGCGACGCACUCUGAUAUGCGCGCUGCGAUCGAGAAGCUGGACGGUACGGAGCUGAACGGGCGCCGCAUCCGCCUGGUGGAGGAUCGCCGCUCCUCGCGCCGCCGCACGCGCUCCUCCUCCAGCCGCUCGCGCAGCCGCUCCCGCGACCGCCGCCGCUCACGCUCCAGAUCUCGUUCCCGCCGUUCCUCUCGCAGUCGUUCCCGUUCCAAGUCCCGGCCGAAGACCAAGAGUCCCGUCGCCAAGUCCCGGUCUCGCUCCAGAUCUAAGGAGCGCAGCCACUCGAAGUCUGCAUCAGCAUCGCCGCAGCGCAAGUCUGACCGCGAGCGUUCCCCGCAACACUCCGCAGAUAGGAAUGGCCGGGAACGAUCCCGGGAACAAUCCAGGUCCCGCUCACGAGAACGAUCCAGGGAACGAUCUCGAUCCCGUUCCAAGUCGCGCUCACCUCGCGCUGACAAGGAGAGGUCUCGUUCGCGCAGCAAAGAGGCGCAGUCGCCGAAGCGCGAGGAGGAGCGACGCGCGACCAAGUCUCGCUCUCGCUCCCGGUCACGUUCCGCAUCACGAGACCGGUCUCGCUCACGGUCCCGCUCUCGCUCGAGGUCCGCCUCCCCGCGACAGAACGGCACUGGACAGGACCGCGCCAGCACUGACCGCUCACCGCGCAGUGGCGACUAACACAAAUACUUUAACACAAUUAGGUU